AUGUCGACACUUCCACGAGGCGUUCACGUCGCCAGUAAUACGCCGGUGGCCAUCAAAGUCAUCGAUCCCCUGGCGCGCCCCAACGCGGAACGGGCUCGAAAGCUGUUUGAGAGGGAAGUGAACCUGCACGGGGUUGUGACAGGCCUGCCAAACGUGAUUCGGUUGCUCGGGGCAAGCACACCAACAUCGACCGCGUGCUGCUACCUCGCCACGGAAUUCGCCACGAAGGGAGACCUGUUCAAUGAACUAAGGCGUCGGCGGGCGCUACCGGAAAACGUGGUACGAGAAGUUAUCAUGCAACUUAUCAUCGCCGUAGCCGGCCUCCACAGGAACAACAUCUGCCAUCGGGACAUUAAACCGGAGAAUAUUCUCUUAAAACAUUCAGACGUCGAUCCCAGAAGAGCCUUGCUGAAGCUUGCCGAUUUUGGUCACGCCGGGCUCGUGCCUGCAGACAGCAUGCUUUUUACUCGGGAUUGUGGGACACCCGGAUACAAAGCCCCGGAACUGAGGAGUGAGUGGAAGCACGGGCACGGCUUGGCGGCCGAUCUGUGGAGCGUGGGCGCGGUCAUGAACGAUUGUUUUUCUUUCAAGUGUCGACAACCCCCCGUGGGGGAUAACACGUUCUGGGACAGGGAUGUGUGGGAAACAGUCUCCACACAUGCCAGAAACCUGCUGGGGCGCCUUCUAGAAGCCGACCCACGCCAGCGAAUAUCUGCGGAGGAGGCACUGCAGCAUCCAUGGAUAGCGGGAGCAUUGUCGCAAACGGUGUAUCGAGAGAUUCCGGCAUCAGAGGGCGCCAGAUCUGGCGAGGGGGAGAAGAGCAAUCAUUCUACUCAUCGGCAAGAACGCCGCCACAAAAUGAUGAACAGCGAGGACCCCUCAAAAAAGAAGCUAAACGUGAACAGCGGAGUCCGCAACGUCGCCGGACAAGUUCGAAUCCCAUCUAAAGUGCUGAAAACUGAGCGACGAUGGGUCUUGAAACCAUAUCCUGAAAAACCCAGCACCAGCGCCAGCGAAAAACAGAGCAACAUCAACGCGACCACCGACAUCAACAACCGCGGCACCAGCAAGGACGCUUGGGGGUCACCAUCACUCUACAGCCUCGCCACCAACACCAGUGGGUUCGCCAAGGACGCCAGGAACGUCAAGGGUAUUGGCAACGGAAGCCCUAAAGCGGGCGGUGUCUCAACCGUCAAAUUUUCUACCCUCCGUGCUCCGCCCUGUACUCCCGCCGCCAAUGCCACCACAGCAUGCCAAGACGCAGAGGCCCGCGUUCCCUACACACGUUCUUCGAAGAGUAUCAAGAAUGCGUCCAGGAAUGCGACCAGGAAGAAGUCUUGUGCCGGCGUCGUUGCGGCAGCUCCUGGUUUCCAGCGCCGGGUAGGAGUUAGGCCUGAACCCGAGGGGGCAAAUCCCGUGUCCGUGUACAUUCCUCAGGCGAUCGCGGCGAAGAACACUGCACCCAUCGCUGAGACCAUAGAGGCUCCGAUGAGCGCUGCCAGCCUCGGUACUAAGCCGGAAGCCUUGGAACGGUUUUGUUACAAGAAAGCAGAUACGGUACCUCCCUAG